CUCGAUAGAGGCUUACGUGCUAAAAGUAACGAAAUUAAACGGGGCGGACCCAUACUUGCCUGGCAAUAGACGACAUUUUACUUGCGACAUUUUAAGUACAUGGCCGCACUGAGAUGUUGUUGUUGUUGUUGUUUUGGUAUAACGCUGAUGUAUUUUUGCGCGUUUGAUUGUAAAAGCUUAGUUUUCAUGCGGCCGUAAAGAGUUUAAUGGACAAUCCGCAUACUAUAUUUGUGUAAUUAAACAUAUCACGACCGAUAAUUAGAAAAAAACAAACAUUUUUUUUACAAACUAGAUAACGAUAACUUUUCUUUGUGCAGUAACUUACUCGGGUAAAAAAGCUUUUUUUUUAUUCAGCUUUACCUGACGACAAGGUAAAAGAAAUGAGAGGAAGUUCCUCAUAUGGAGACAGAGACAGAGAUCGAGGACGUGAUAGAGGGCCUCGCUUUGGUUCUAGUCGUGCUGUCCCACCCCCACCGAAGAAGUUUGGGAAUCCGGGAGAUCGGCUAAGGAAAAAGAAAUGGGACCUGGACCAACUACCCAAGUUUGAGAAGAACUUCUACAAUGAAAACCCAGAAGUACAUCACAUGAGUCAGUAUGAUGUAGAGGAAUAUCGCAGAAAGCGAGAGAUCACCGUCAGAGGCUCUGGCUGUCCAAAACCUGUCACCAACUUCCAUCAAGCUCAGUUUCCUCAGUAUGUAAUGGAUGUGCUUCUGCAGCAGAACUUUAAAGAGCCCACUGCUAUCCAGGCUCAAGGUUUUCCUCUAGCUCUCAGUGGCAGGGACAUGGUGGGCAUCGCUCAAACUGGCUCUGGAAAAACACUGGCUUAUCUGUUGCCUGCCAUAGUCCACAUUAACCAUCAGCCAUAUCUGGAAAGAGGGGAUGGGCCCAUCUGUCUUGUGUUGGCACCUACACGUGAAUUAGCUCAGCAGGUGCAGCAAGUGGCUUUCGACUAUGGCAAAUCAUCCCGGAUCAAGAGUACCUGUGUGUAUGGAGGAGCCCCUAAAGGGCCACAGAUCAGAGAUUUAGAAAGAGGUGUUGAGAUAUGCAUUGCCACUCCUGGCCGUCUGAUUGACUUCCUGGAGGUAGGAAAAACCAACCUGCGUCGUUGCACCUAUCUGGUGCUGGAUGAAGCUGAUCGUAUGUUGGACAUGGGAUUUGAACCCCAAAUACGCAAAAUUGUAGACCAAAUUAGACCUGACCGACAGACUCUAAUGUGGAGUGCUACCUGGCCUAAAGAAGUGCGUCAGCUGGCUGAAGAUUUCCUCCAAGACUAUGUCCAAAUCAAUAUAGGAGCUCUAGAACUGAGUGCGAACCACAACAUCCUGCAGAUAGUAGAUGUCUGCAUGGAAAAUGAAAAAGACAACAAGCUGAUUCAACUGAUGGAGGAAAUCAUGGCUGAAAAGGAGAACAAAACCAUCAUCUUUGUCGAGACGAAGAAACGUUGUGAUGAACUGACUCGCAGGAUGCGGAGAGAUGGGUGGCCUGCAAUGUGCAUUCAUGGUGACAAGAGCCAGCCAGAGAGGGACUGGGUACUAACAGAGUUUCGCAGUGGAAAAGCUCCAAUUUUGAUUGCCACUGAUGUCGCUUCACGGGGUCUGGGAUUUUUGACUUCCUAACUGUGCCUGCCCAGGCAUGCUGUGCCAUUUUGACACAGCGGCCUCCCUCUACCAUGUAACCAGACAGUAGCACAGGGCUUGAUAUGGAUAGACUCCUUCAGCUGCACCCUAAUUUAUCUCGACUAUAAAGCGGGCCAGUGGAAUCAGCUGGCUUUUUACCUCAAAUAAUGAAUUGACCAUUUAAAAAAAAUCUCAAGCCUGUGGCCCCUCAGGGCUCUGUUAGAUUCCAGGAAGGUCUGCCCUUAAGAUAGAUCUGGGGUUGAUUGGCUCACGGAGGGAUAGAGAGAGAGGGAGAGAGACAGUUAAGAGUGCUGGAUACAGUCCGGUCCAGUUUGUGGAGGUCCUGCAACCCAGCGAGAGAGAGAGAACUGGGGCAGAGCCGGUUCUGCUCCCGCCUGGCGUUGCUGGGGCAGGGCCGAGGGUGAAGGGGGGGCAGCUCAGCGCGUCAGCCCACAUUAACCUCUUCCUCUUGGGCCGCUCCACGGGACCCUGGACUGAUCCCAGCCAAGAGUAACCUAACCUAGGGUAAGUACCUGAUCAUGCCCAAGUCACUGCCCUGUUGAUGAGAACUGUUUCCAUAGUGUGGCAAAUGUCCUUCAAGUAUGUUUGAGCAUGUGUGGUAAGUGGCAUUGUAUAUUAGGCCAUAAUGGUAUAUCACUCUAUUUUUAGCACAUCAUUUUUGUAUUUUUUAGAAAACUCCCAUUAUCAUUUUCCUGAAGGAGACGUUUAUUUUCCUUUAGGGUCAAUAGCAGUGUUGUUAGAGCCCCUUUUUAAGUGUAAUGAGAAACAGACUUUUAGGAAGUGUCAAGGAAUAAAGUUAAUGUUGUCCUGACAUUUCUCCUCUUUAACACCACCUCAAGUGUCUUAAUAUAAACUGAAGCAUAGAUUUCAUUUCCAUUGAUAGCUCAUGUUGUACUUAAGAUUAGAUGUAAUGUCUAUCAUUGGAAAAAGGUAAGUGCUUAGUCUAAAGAAGCUCCGCUUUUUUCUUUCUAACAUGUUUGUUUGUCUGCUUAGGACAGUGUCUCGCUAGCUGAAUGAAAACGUAUUUUGGCCUUUUUUUUUUUGCUCCAUUAUAGUACUUUUUACCUUUGCAAGAGAUUAGCUAAAUAGAUUAUUUUUGUUUCUGCAGUAAAAUUCAGGCAAUGAUUUCCUAGCAACCCAAGAAUGAAUCUAUCUAGAUCUGUUUAAUUUGAGUGGUGACAGAUUGAACAUCGUUUUAGUUUUCUUUUGCUCAUAUUUGAGUCCCAGACAAAGAAAAAUUGGAUUAGAUCCAAGCAGGAUCGUUCCUUUUUAGGUUCGAAAGCUUAUCGUGUCAAACAAGACAAAAUCACUUAGUAGCUUUAGCCUAGCAAAGAGUUAAUGCUUCAUCACCGAGAUACUCCAGUGGAAAUUGAAAGCAAAAUGAACCCUGCCUCUGGGUUGACUUUAUCAUAAUGAUUACAAUUAUAGUGAUGCACUGAAAACAACAAAAUAAUUCAGCCAAAAUUGGUCUAACAGUCUGAAAUGAUUGAACAUCAGAACAACUGCUUGGGUUAAAUCAUGAAUUUAACAAUUAUUUAUAAGAACUGACCAAAAUCUUUAGACGAUAUGAGUUUAUACAUAAAACAUUCAUAGCUCAACUACCGUUUAAUAAAUGCAGUGACCUUUUGUUAUUUAUAACAUGAAACAAAGUCUAAGUUUUAAAAUGGUCAAUAUUGGAGAAAUUCUAAUGUUUUGACAUUUUAUUGUUUGUCACGUCAACUGAGGCAGCUACUUCAGUUUGUGAAUGUAGAAUGCAUGUGAACUGAUCAGUAUUUUUUUGUUUUGUCCUCUGGUGCUGAACCGAUUAUUACACAAACCUCUUCAGACCCCUUUAAAGCUUAUUGUGAUCAUAAGAUGACUUUCUUUUGAUGGCGUCUUUAGGGGAUUUUAAUAUCGGCUUUCUUAAAAUAAUAUCAGGCUAGGCUUUAUUUCUGAUAGCCGACCCUUACUCCACAGCCAAGUCUGUGCUAUUCGUGAAGAGGAAGAUCUAAAACAAAUAAUGCAGGUUGUUUUGUUGCAGUUUUUAGGCCAGUGUUUCCCAACCCUGCUUUUUAAGGUGCAACAGCAUUACACUUUUUCAAAUUCAUUCUAAUCAAACACACCUGAUCUAAAGACACCAAAAUCUGGAAUUCUAUUGAUCUGAUAUGCAAAACAUCUCUAAUCAGCACUGUUGGUUUGUCUCCAGGAACAGGGUUGGGGAACACAGAUUCAGGCAAUGGUCCAUUGCCUCUGUCUAAUUUAGUUUCUAAUUGAGUUUUUCUUUUCUUCCUUGUAAAAUUCUUUACUUUGGCCCCGUGAAGAUGUGGAGGAUGUCAAAUUUGUCAUCAAUUAUGACUAUCCAAACUCUUCUGAGGAUUAUGUUCACCGAAUUGGGCGCACAGCCCGUAG